AUGGGAAAACGCAAAGUGACAUUCGCGGUCGAGGAAGAAGCCAACCUACUUGAUACACCAUUCGAGGGAGGUUCCAUGGAGGCCAUUGGCGCAACAGAUCGAGAAGAGCGGAACGUUCCCGUCCCGCCUCGAAAGCCCAAGCCGACUCCGAAAAGCCGCAAGUCGAGAAAACGAAAGGUGACAGCGAAGGCUAGUGCGAAGGACAACGCUCCAGAGAUCCCAUAUCAAGAAGGCCCAGAUCCGUUCGCAGUAUUGGAGGAUCAGAACAAGGCACUCGAUGCUCACAUAGCUAAGAAGCAGAAGUUGUUACAGACUUUGAGGAAGAAGUUCAAAGUAACCACGAAGAUUCCGGAGGAGGCUGGAAAGGGACAGGAAGCUCAUGAGGAUGAGGAAGCUGAGGAGAGGGAAGAUACCGAGGACUCCGAGGACUCCGCACCAGAGAUACCGUACAGAGAGGGUUCCGAGAAGUUCUGGGGAGUUGAGGAGGAACGAGAACUCCAACAGCUGCUAGCUGCGCAGCCCAAACCCAAAAAAGGCAAGCGGGCACGGCGCAACUAG